AUGGUUACAACAAUAAUCAACGAGCAAAAGCACAACCGAAUACUGUCCAACAAUCCGACACAGCUCGUUGCUAUGAUCGACUCGAAGAUGGAUGGCAUCUGGGGCGUGCACGAAUGCACGUCCACCGCCCCACGCAGAGGAUCCCCGCCGACCACCCGCGAACUUGCCCACCGCAUGAUCAAGCAGCUUCGCCAGCUCGAGACCGCCCUCAUGGUCACGGAAGCCGGCAACAUGGACGUCCACGCGCAUCCUCUACCGCCGCCCGAUCGGUACACAGACCCGGGCGCUCUGCAGCACCGCGAUCCGGCCAUUUUCUAUCCUUCGCCUAUUCCCAUCGCCUACCACGAACGCCUCGCCUACCUGCGCACGCGGGUCCACAUCUCCUAUUGCUACCAGCUCAACUCCAGCGCCGGGCGGACAGAGGUCUUUAACAUGCAGGCGCAGCAUUGCGCCGCGGACGUGCGCUCACUCGAGAUUGAGCUGCGCGUGUUGCUGUGCAUGGCGCCACCCGUCACCCUGGGCGAGAGUCCUGUUUCGUCUUCGUCGUCCGCGGCACCACCGCCCGUCUUUCAUCCCUUUCCCCGCCUGCCGGCGGAGCUGCGCCUCCUGAUCUGGGAGCUGGCCUCCGUGCCGCCGACCUGUCCGCACCUGUACCGCGCCGCCCAGCGGCUGCAGAGCAUGGCCGACGCACGGCCGUACGCCCACAGCAGCGAUCCGCCGCCGGCGACGCUCCUGAUGCCCGACCGCGGUCUGAUGCGGGCCAACAAGGAGGCGUACUAUGAGACGCGCCGGAUACGCAACGAGACAAAGAAGGUGUUGAAGUCGCAGGCGCGGCGGAUCUGCAUCGAGGUGUACCAUCCCACGUGGUAUACAGAUAGCGGUCUGGGCAUACUCGACAGCGAGACGGACAACGACGACGGCGACGACGGCGAAGAGGACGCAGGCUGGGGAGACGAGGGGGAGGAGCCGUCACAAGGCAACGACAGCCACAGAGGGUACUACGACCACGACGACAGCGACGCCCUCAAGAGCCACUUCCACCGGCUGAGCGACUUCAACCUGUCGGCCAACCGUCUGCGCCGCCGCCUCGCCGAGCUGCAGAAACACUUCCCGGGUCGCUACGAAGACCGUAUGGGACAGCACGGGCAGCAGCUUAUCGAGGACUUGUUCAAUGUGGGCGGUGUUGAGCUGUUGUCUUGA